CGAAAACUCGUUGAGUUUUAAGUCCACAAGCACCAAUGAACGAAAUACUUCAAAAUAAUUAAAAUUUGAAAAUAUACAUUUUUCUGGCAAAGUGAAUAUGGAUGUCACGAAAACAUCAAGCGCUGAGGAAACCGAAAACACGGAAAAUACUAGUCAUGCUAAAAACAUUAACGAAAACGUAUCAAAAUUUUAUGAAACUAUUGGAAAUAUUUCCCGAAAUAUGCGCAAGGACGAUUGGACAUAUCUACAACGCCAUCCAGAGAUCCGAGCCAUAAUUCGGGUCAUUACAGCCGAGGCGGUUAAGGCAAAGCCAUCGAAUAUCUACCAAUUUACAGCCAAUUUAUUUGGAAGCGAAAGAGACGAGGAGAUGGUAGAAAAGAUAAACAAGCAACUUAAGUGGUUGGAAGAGCAGUUGCGAGGGGGUACGUGGAAUCCUGACGAAGGAUGUGCCCCGUUUCCAGAAUCCAGCGAGACUUCUUCGGAAACUAAAUGCCAAACUAAUUUUAAUACCACUGCGAGUUUCAACAUACCCGAAAAGCAAGUUUGCCCUGAAAAUUAUAAGCCAGAUUGCAAGAAAUGUUAAAAAUGUGAACUUAAUAAAUUCAAAAAAAAAAAAUUCAGAUUGCAAGAAAUGUUAAAAAUGUGAACUUAAUAAAUUCAAAAAAAAAAAAAAUCAGAUUGCAAGAAAUGUUAAAAAUGUGAACUUAAUAAAUUCAAAAAACUUUUUAAAAGGAAUAAAAAAUAUUUGUAAUUAAAUUAU